GAAGAGCUUUAGUUUCUAGGGGGACACAUUUCACAGUAGUACCACAAGACUGUAAAUAACCAAGGAUGGUACUGUGUGCAGUGAGGGGGCAGCUUCUGUACAGCAGCAGCUGUGGAGCCUGGGCCAGGCUGCUGCAGAGACAGUACAAGGCCUGUGUGCACUCCAGCAUCCAUGACUUCAACCAGGAGGAGAUCAGAGAGAAGCUGCAAGCCUUUCCUGGAGGCUCCAUUGAUCUGCUCAAACAGGAGUCGGGUGUUGCUGUGCUGACCAUCAACAACCCCUCCCGCAUGAAUGCCUUCUCUGGCAGUAUGAUGGUGGAUCUGGAGGAGGCGGUGAGCCAGUUGGAGAACUGGACAGACGGUAAAGGCCUCAUUGUUCAAGGUGCUGCUGGAACUUUCUGCUCUGGAUCAGACCUCAAUGCUGUCAGGGCCAUAUCUAACCCACAGGAUGGGAUGAAGAUGUGUAUGUUCAUGCAGAAUGCUCUUACAAGACUACUCAGGCUGCCUCUGAUCUCUGUUGCUCUUGUGGAGGGGAGAGCUCUGGGAGGUGGUGCAGAAUUCACCACUGCCUGUGAUUUCAGGUUAAUGGCAUCUGGCAGUGUGAUCCAGUUUGUCCAUAAACACAUGGGCCUGGUCCCAGGCUGGGGGGGCGCAGCACGACUGGUUCGCAUCGUUGGCAGCCAGAAUGCACUGAAGCUGCUUGGUGGUGCUGUAAAAGUGGAACCUGAACUUGGCCUGCAGAUUGGACUGUCAGAUGGGGUCCUGGAGGUCCCACAGACAGAGGACGGUACAGAGGCUGUACUGCGGCGGGCUGAAAACUGGCUCAGUCGCUACACAAAAGGACCUGCCCCAGUGAUCCAGGCAGUGAAGAAGGUGGUGCUGUCAGGGAGAGAGCUCCCUCUCUCAGAGGCUCUGAGGACUGAGAAGGAUGUAUUUGGGACAGUGUGGGGCGGUCCUGCUAACCUGCAAGCUCUGGCCAGCAAGUCCAAACACAAAUGAGCAUCUGUGUUCACUCUCCUAGGAACUUCUGAGAUCAGCCAAGAUGUUCAACUGAGACAUUUUUGGAAAGCCCUGUCCUUGACUCUUGAUUGAUAUCAAUAAACUUAGUUCUCUGGUGUGCAGGAGACAUGUAUAACUAGUUUUCAUGUAAAAAGAUGAUGUGUUGUUGUUGGAUUAUGCCUACUUAUCCUAAGAGUAGGAGCUUAGAUAAACGUAUAUAAACAGUGAUGCUGAUAGUGGCUUUGUUGUUCAUAUAUUUCAAAAAGAUGGAAAAGAUGGAGUGAGGGUGGUGUCUUGGGAAAGAAAGCAGAGUUAACACCAUCAACAAAAACUCCCCUUUGAGGUUAUAUUUUAGUAACUGGACUCUGCAGCCUUCUAUCUACAACAUUUGUCAUCAGUAGUGCAGUGUCAGCUGACUUGAGAAAUUUUUGUUCCCUGUAGACUGUAGUCCACUUUUUAGAUCUAUUCUCUCAAUUAAGGCGUAUCUGUAAUAAAACAGUGAAUAUA